AUGAGCCAGCACUUCUAUUGUGCCCACUGGGGGCUGCCUGGGACCAGCCCAACAUAUAAAGGGCAGCAGCAGGACUCCCUCAACCCAGCUGGAGCAGACCCCUCCAUGACAAAAGAGACUCAGAAGUCCAGUCCAACCCACACUGCCAUUUCAGGCCUCAGCAGGACACUCUGCCUCGCCUGGAAGCCCAAGAACUGGCCAGCCCAACAGGGUCCCUCGGAGAGGAUGGCUGAAGGCAGCAUCCCCCCCGCAGCCGCCAAUGGCCAGGCUGAAGAGUCCUCCAGGGAGACUUUCCGGGUCCUCGUGUUUGACCAGGAGAGCUUCCAGGGCCAGCAGAAAGAAUUCACCAGGGAGUGCCUGAACCUGGGGGACCACGGCUUCGAGCAAGUGCGCAGCAUCAUUGUGGCCUCUGGACCCUGGGUGGCCUUUGAACAGUCCAACUUGCGUGGCGAGAUGUUCAUCUUGGAGAAGGGCGAGUUCCCACGAUGGGACACCUGGUCCAGCAGCUCCCGCAGCGACCGCUUGCGCUCCCUGCGGCCUGUUAGAAUGCAUGAAGCCCAGGAGCACAAGAUCAUCCUCUUUGAGACGGCCAACUUUAAAGGCAACAAAAUGGAAAUUGAAGACAAGGACGCGCCGAGUCUUUGGGUGCAUGGCUUCUGUGGCCACAUUGGAAGUGUGAAGGUGCCCAGUGGAACGUGGGUGGGCUACCAGUACCCUGGCUACCGAGGCUACCAAUACCUCUUGGAGCGAGGAGACUUUGGGCACUGGAACGAGUGGCUGGCCUUCCAGCCCCAAAUGCAGGCCAUCCGUCGCAUCCGGGACACGUGCUGGGAACACAAAGAUCACGAUCUCCCUCCGGAGACCCCUCUCAGCUGAGCGCACA